AUGACAAACAGAGCGUCCCCCCUACCCAAUUGGGCCCAGAAAUCCGCCCAGAAGCGCGAUUCGUUGAAAGCCAAGAUCAACCCAGCCUGGCUUCUGGACCUGUCUCCGACCGUGGACCUCAGUGAGAGCUCAACCGUGAGCGCCAUGGAUGUGCUGCAGCAAUACGGCCGGCAAGUCUUGUCGAAGCAGGAAUGGGAGCUCACGGAGGAGCACGACGCCACGGGCAUGCUGCAAUUGCUCGCGGAGAGGAAGGUGUCCGCGGUAGAGGUGACGACGGCGUUCUGCAAGCGGGCGGCGAUUGCGAACCAGCUGGUCAAUUGCUUGACGGAGGUGAUGUUCGAUGAAGCGGUGGAACGGGCCAAAGAACUGGAUGAGCACUUCGAGAGGACGGGGAAGCCGCUGGGGAGGCUCCAUGGCCUGCCAAUCAGUCUUAAGGACUCGUUCAACGUAAAAGGCGUCCAAUCCGCCAUCGGAUACGUCUCGUUCCUAGACCACGAACCACCCACCUCGAACGCCGCCCUCGUGGACAUUUUGCUCGCCGAAGGCGCCGUCGUGUACUGCAAGACCAACGUCCCGGUGACCUUGAUGAUGGCCGAUUCCGUCAAUAACGUCACCGGCCGAACCCUCAACCCCAACAAGCUCAGCCUGACGGCCGGCGGCAGCACCGGCGGCGAAGGCGCCCUGGUCAAGCUCCGUGGCUCACUCCUCGGCGCAGGCACCGACAUCGCCGGCUCGGCCCGCAUCCCCGCGCUCUGCAACGGGAUCUACGGCUUCCGCCCGACGACCCUCCGCGUGCCGUUCGUCGGGCUGACGGCGCCCGGGCGCGUCGGGAGCCCGAGCCCCAUUUUGCCGGUGAUAGGGCCAGAGGGGCACUCCGUGCGGGACCUGGAGUUAUUCAUGCGGACCGUGGCGGACAGCGAGCCGUGGAAGGUAGACCACACGUGCGUAACGGUGCCCUGGCGGACGGUUGCGCCGCCCACCCGUCCGCUACGCUUCGGGUACUUGAAGGAAGAUCCAUCGCGGCCACUGCAUCCCACCGCCCUACGCGGCAUGACGUCCGCCGCGCGGAAACUCGAGGACACGGGCCACGCGAUCGUGGAACUCGACGGACGUGUCCCAUCGCUAUGGGAGACCUCGCGGCUGGCGUGGAAGUUCUUCGAGACGGAUCCGCAGCACGUCCCCGCGCAGCAUCUGCGCGCCUCGGGCGAGCCGCUCGUCCCCGCGUUAGAAACGACCACGCUCCCCGAACUCCAGGGGUGGGAGCCGAGCGUGGACGAGCUGUUCGAGAUGAAUUUGCAGAGGCAGGCGCUGGUGGGAGCGUGGCAUGACAUCGUGGUGGCGGAGCGGUUGGAUGCGAUCAUCCUGCCGACGUACCAGUCGACGGCAGUGAGGCAUGACACCUAUGGGUUCAUGAUUUACACCGUGUUGGCGAACAUGCUAGACGUAAGGAGCUCGUGA